AUGGUGCACCUCGCCUCCCUCCUCUUCCUCCCCCUCGCUCUCGCAGCGCCCGCCCAAGACAUCCCCGAGCUCUCCCUCAACCAGUGGAAGGGCAUCCAGAAUGGUCUCACAAACCGUAUUUCUAGCCUCGGCUCUUGGUCCUGGAACAAGGCAGAGGAAGCACUGAGCGACCUUGGAGGCCAGGACAAGACCGAGUUGACCAUCUGGCAGAACCUGAAGGAGGAUCCUCACAGCUUUAGCAAGCUUGUCAAUAUCAUCGAGUUUGAAGGUCAUGCCAGCAAGUAUCUCGACGACAAGGACGCCCAGAUCACCUUCUUUGCGCCCAACAACGAUGCUCUCACGCCACCUCACCAUGAGGACGACGACGAUGACUUUGAGCAGCUGCUCCACAACCCAUCUCUCGCCUCGCUCUCUGCUGCCCUAGACCGCGACCCAUCCCUCACUUCGUCGUCCAAGGGCCACGAUGACGAUGGCGACGAGGAGAAGAAGCGCAAGAAGGAAAUCUUCCGCAAGAUUGCAGGCAAGGUGUUGGCCUACCACGGUCUUCCCAAGGCCUACACCGUGCAGGAGCUCGGGCAGAACUCUACGUUUGCCACUGCUCUCAAGGCAGACGAUGGAAGUUAUGCCGGAUUGCACAGGAGGGUCAGGAUUGAGAAGAACUUGGUACCUCCUUCUAUCAGGCUCAACUUCUACGCCAAGAUCGUCGCUUCUGACCGCAAAGCCCGCAAUGGCUACUUCCACGCCCUCGACCACCCUCUUCUCCCUCCUGGAUCUAUCCUUGAGGAGCUCUUCCUCUUCCCCGACACCUUCAGCACUUUGACUUCCAGCGUGCAAAAGGUUCACGAGGCGCAUGCUUUAGACUAUGGCUACGACAGGGAGCACUCUGAGCCUGGCAAGCCAAAGUUCUACGGUAACCCCUUGGCUACCCUCUUUGCGCCUUCCAAUGCUGCUUUCCACGACUUGCCCGACAAGCUCAAGUUUUACUUGUUCUCGCCAUUCGGUGAAAAGUCGUUGAUCAAGCUGUUGGCGUAUCACUACAUCCCUCACACCCUCCUCCUGUCUGAGGCUUUCCACCAGGAAAAGCACGAGCACAAGGGCGAGGUCUUGACUGUCGGUAAUGACCCUAGCUUCCACAAGCAGUUCAAGAUCCACACGGGUCUGCCCAACGCUACCGUCGAGGUGGAGAUUGAAAAGGUCAAGGUCCUCCCUAUCGAAGGCGCCACCAAGACGACCAUCAAGGUCAACGGCGAGCAGGUUGAAGUCAUUGAUGUGCCAGCUCGUAACGGUGCUGUGCAUGUCCUGAGCAAGCUCCUCGUCCCUCCCCACGAGCACCAUGGCCACCAUGGUCACCAUGACCACGACCAGGAUCUCUCUGCUGAAGACUCUUGGGAAAAUUGGGAGGAGUGGUUCCCUCAGUGGGUCGAGGCGCAGGACGAGUGA